UGAUCCUCGAAUGGACCUGGAGUUCCGAAAGUCCUUCCACACAAGAGACUUGAAUCCGAGAACUCAAAGUUUGGCGGGCAACGUCUUCGUGCAAAUUCUUGCAAGACAGUACUUCUUGUGUCUGGUGAGAAACACACCUGGGCAGCGCGGAAAGUACAUGACAGCUCGCCAACCCUGGCAAGGACUCUCCUUCCACCAAGUGGCAUGACAACAGCCCAUCUAGAGUCUCCUCACCAAUCAUUCUGACUCUUGGGCAUUUCCCGAGAUAUUUUGCAACCACGGAGCUUGUAAUUAGUUCUUCGGUGCUGCAAAUGUGUGCAUGGUAGGCGAGGCUGUAAGGCUGUAUCACGUGCCGAUAUCGCCCGCCAGCAUCACAGCACGCUGCACGCUGCACGUAAGAGUUAAGAGCUUCACGGAACGAAACGUACUCAUCACCCCGCACGCUUCUUGAACAACAUCGCUUGAAUUUCACGAAAUAUCAUAAGAGCGGUUAUACUGGCCUGCAGUGCGCUGCCAAAAUGUCUGACGACGACUUCAUGCAAGACUCCGACCAGGAGGACUACGACUUCGAAUACGAAGACGACGAUGACGAACAAGGUGGUGACGUGGACAUCGAGAACAAAUAUUAUAAUGCGAAGCAAAUGAAGGCCGACAAUCCUGAGGAAGCCCUGGAAGAGUUCUUGGGCGUGCCCGCGUUAGAGCCUGAAAAAGGAGAAUGGUACGUGGGAAUUCUCUUGGAACCGUGUGUCGAUAAAUUCAGUUCAGUAACGUGGGAACAGGGGCUUCAAAGCGUUGAAGCAAGCCAUUAAAGUUGAAUUCAAGUUGAAACGAUAUGAAGAUGCUGUCGUUCACUACAAAGAGCUUCUCACGUAUGUGAAAUCGGCGGUGACCCGCAAUCAUUCCGAAAAGUCGAUCAACAAUAUGCUCGACUUCGUGGAGAAGAACGCAGAAGACGAUGCGGCAAAUACAUCCAUCGAGCAAUUCUACUCGCUCACACUAGACUCAUUCGCGAACACGAACAAUGAGCGGUUAUUCCUCAAGACUAACAUCAAGCUCGCGCGAUUAUGGUUCGCACAAAAGAAUUUUCGUCGCCUCGCGGAGAAGCUUCGGACUCUGCACAAAGCAUGCCAGAAAGAAGACGGUACCGAUGAUCCCAGCAAGGGCACCAUGUUGCUUGAAGUGUAUGCGCUCGAGAUUCAAAUGUAUGCCGAGACGAAGAAUAGUAAGCGUUUGAAGGCCCUGUACCAGCGUGCACUACGUGUCAAGUCAGCAGUUCCACACCCGAAGAUUAUGGGAAUCAUUCGCGAGUGUGGAGGCAAGAUGCAUAUGAGCGAGGAGAAUUGGAAGGAGGCACAGAGCGACUUCUUUGAGAGCUUCAAGAACUACGACGAGGCAGGCUCUCUGCAGCGCAUCCAAGUUCUGAAGUAUCUCGUGCUUACGACCAUGCUGAUGGGCUCCGACAUCAAUCCAUUUGACUCGCAGGAGACUAAACCGUACAAGAACGACCCUCGUAUAGCUGCUAUGACUGACUUGGUCGACGCAUAUCAGCGCGAUGAUAUACACACCUAUGAGAAGAUUCUUCAAUCGAACACAGACUUGCUAAGCGAUCCAUUUAUUGCAGAGAACAUUGAUGAAGUCACACGGAACAUGCGGACGAAAGCCGUUUUGAAGCUGGUCGCGCCGUAUACGCGAUUUACUUUAGAUUUUAUCUCGAAACAGCUAAAGAUAUCCCUAGCGGAAGUGCAAGACAUCCUUGGAUUUCUCAUUGUUGACAAGAAGUUGCACGGCAAGAUUGACCAGCGAGCUGGUACCGUCGAGGUCGAAAGUAAUACAGACAUGGACCGGGUCAACGCAAUACGAGAGUGGAGCUCGGCAAUUGGCUCGCUAUGGAGCACAGUGCUGAACGAGGGCGAGGGCUUCAGAUCUGAAGAAGCUUCCGGCUUUGCGGGACCUAUCUUGACAGCCCAACCUAGCAAACCGUCGAAAGCGUUCGGAGGCAAAGGAAAAGGCGUGGGCAAGGGUAAAGGCAAGGUCCCGGGUUUGGCCGCGAAGGGAUGAGAAGAGACAUGACGUUACGGGCAAUGGGUAUCGACGGUGCUGCAACAACCUGUGUCUCGGGGCGUUGCAAAGAAAGAAACGGAUAUUGGCAAGUAAUUUGCCUCUGGUGGCAAGCCAACAGAUCACGAAUGACACCACAGUCACUAGGAAUAAAUACUUAGGUAGCCGAAGCUCACGGACCUAAUGCAAAAGAGUGCCAUAGCAGCCACACUGCUAAGGUUGGACAGAUCAAGUCAAGUAUCCCGAAAUACGGUGCAUCGCUUGAUGGAGGUAUUUGUAUUUUUUCAUUGUAUUUCCCCCAAUCGUUUUGACUACCUGCUUUCUGCCGACACAGCAUGGAGAUUUCACAGCAUGGAAGUUUUAAGCGGGCGUCGACCGUUCUGG